AUGUCCUCUAAUACCUCGAAAGCUUCCAUUGGUAAUGGAUCAAAAUCAUUAAGCAUACAACCAGGAGAUCAAAAACCCAUUCAACAAUCUCAAAAUAAUAAAAGAAGAAAAGGUAGUACAACUAGUACAAUCAUCAAUGAUAAUACCACCAACGAUAAUAACAGAAACAGAAGCAGAAAGUCAAGCGCUACCAUAGCAUUGAAAAUGAGACCGGCCCUUUCAAGUUCUCAAAUAGAUAAAGACUCAUCUUCAUCUAUUGACGUAAAUAAUCCAGGCCCAGAAGUUGUUGAUGCGGUGGCUCGUCAUUUAGUAAGUACCCCAAAUGAUUUGAAAUUACAAGGUGGAGACAUAACAAGAGAUUUAUACAAAUGGACAAACGAACAUCCAGGUAUAAUAAAUAAUGAUACUAAUCCAAACAUAAAUAAUAGUAAUAAUAAUAACCUUAUAUCGUCGAUACAGCAACAACCUCAACUACAAUCUCAAAUUCAUAGACCACCCGUGGGAAUACCGAAUUCUCCAUCAAUGAAUAAUUAUGAGGCAAGAAGGAAAAGAUCAAUGAGUUUCUCCGCUAUUUCAAUAACAUCUCUAAAUAAUAACAAUAAUGCAAAUAAUAAUACUUCGAAUAACAUUCAUGGGACUAAUAAGAUAGGUACAAUCCUACCCGGUCCAAUUAUGACCCCUGAAGAAAUGAGAGCACCAGGUGGGUUCAGAAGAUCUUUCAUAUUACAGAAACAUAGGAAAAAUAAUACGCCCAUACCAAACUUCUUCACAAGAAACUUUAUUGAAUUCUUGACAUUAUAUGGUCAUUUCGCAGGUGAAGAUCUUUCAGAAAGCGAAGAAGAAGAAGAAGAAGAAGAAAAUGAAGUAGAAGAAGAAGAGCAAGAAGAAGAAGCUAUAGAAUCUGAAAGAACAAGUUUGAUUUCAUACCAUGUACCCUCCGUAACAACAAGUCAUAAAUCUUCCACGUUCAAAGCAAUAUUAUUAUUAUUAAAAUCGUUCGUAGGAACAGGGGUGUUAUUCUUACCGAAAGCUUUCCAUAAUGGUGGCUGGGCAUUCAGUUCCCUUUGUCUUUUACUUUGUGCAAUAAUAUCGUACUGGUGUUUCUUAACUUUGAUCGUUACUAAAGAUAAAAUUCAUGUGGACGGAUAUGGUGAUAUGGGUGAGAGAUUAUAUGGUCAUCCGAUGAAAUUGGCUAUUCUUUGGUCAAUUGUUUUAUCACAAAUUGGAUUUUCUGCUGCAUAUACAGUUUUCACUGCAACAAAUCUAAAAGUAUUUGUGGAAAAUGUCCUCGUACGUACUGCUACUAUGAAUCCAACGGGUUACAAUUUGGUUUGGUACAUUAUUUUACAGCAACUGAUCUUUAUACCGUUGUCAUUGACAAGGAAAAUUGCGAAAUUAAGUGGGACUGCAUUAAUUGCAGAUCUAUUUAUAUUGCUGGGAUUAAUAUAUGUUUAUUAUUAUUCAUCAUAUUAUAUACUAUCAAAUGGUAUCGCGUCUGAAUCGAUGCUAUGGUUAAACAAGGCGGACUGGUCAUUAUUCAUCGGGACAGCAAUCUUCACUUUCGAAGGCAUUGGAUUAUUAAUACCAAUUCAAGAGUCCAUGCAAAAUCCACAAGUGUUCCCCAAAUGUCUGUCGUUGGUUAUGUGUAUCGUCACGAUAAUUUUCAUUUCAUGUGGACUAAUUUGUUAUUCUGCAUUUGGUGAAAAAGUAGAAACAGUCGUUUUGUUAAAUUUCCCACAAGAUAGUGCCUUCACCUUAAUGGUUCAAUUAUUAUACUCAUUAGCCAUUCUUCUAUCUACCCCAUUACAAUUAUUCCCAGCCAUUAAAAUCUUGGAAAAUUGGACUUUCCCCAUACAUGCGUCAGGUAAACAUAAUUCGAGGAUUAAAUGGAAGAAAAAUUAUUUCCGCUGUAUUAUGGUCAUUUUUACAGCUAUGGUUGCAUGGGUGGGUGCUAAUGAUUUGGAUAAGUUUGUGUCAUUAGUUGGCUCGUUCGCCUGCAUCCCAUUGAUUUACAUUUAUCCACCUUUAUUACAUUUCAAAGCUUUCCUUAAUGAUACUUCUAAAACAAUGAGAUUCAGGUUGGGUUUGGAUAUGCUCGUAUUUGUAUUUGGUAUCAUAAUUAUGGUGUAUACUUCAUGGGAAACUAUAAGUAUGUGGGUUCAUUAG